GUACCUUCUUUUCCCGCAAAACUUCCAACCACUCGUCUUCCUUUCUCUCUCCUGUCCCCAAUUCUGCAAUUAUGAAUUUGCAGUCUUCAAACAAAUUAUAAUUCCGCAAUCAAAAUCAAAAUCAAAAUCAACCCUAAAAAUUCUCUUGAAUUUCCAGCAAAAUCUAACCCUAGAAAUACGAAUCAUCAAAAACCAAAUGAUCACAUGCCACUCUUCAAAUUCAGCAACAACAACAACAACAACAACAACAACAACGAAUUUCUCAAUGAUCAGACAAACAACUUCAACUACAACUUUACAAUUAUUCCACAGAAUUCGCUGGAAUUCCCGCCAUUUUCGCCGCGUUUAUCCUUACAAAAUUGGGCAUAAUUUGGUGGUAACGUCAUCACUGGGCCCACUUCUCGCCUCUGCUGCAGCCGCCGGUUCUUCAACUCACGCCGCCGUAACUUCCACCAUUACUCAGCUUGCUGUUACUGCUGUUGCCAUUGCUUCUGGUGCUUGUCUUUCGACUAAAGUGGACUUCCUCUGGCCUAAAUCCUAUGAUCAACCUAGUAUGCCCUCUUGUAGUGGAAGGAGUGGAUGUAACCGGCUAUCCCAUUUUCAAUAGUCCCAAGGUGCAAAAGGCUAUAUGUUUUGCUAGCAAAGCCCAUCAUGGACAGCUACGUAAGAAUGGAGAGCCAUACUUGGCACAUUGUCUUCAUACUGGAAGAACCUUGGCCAUCUUAGUUCCAUCAAGUGGAGAAAGGGCUGUUGAUACGGUUGUCGCUGGGAUUCUUCAUGAUGUCAUUGAUGAUACAAGUGAAACUCUAGUCAGCAUACGAGAAAUUUUCGGCAAUGAUGUAGCUCAGCUAGUAGCUGGUGUUUCACGGUUAAGCUAUAUCAAUCAGUUGCUGAGAAGACAUCGCAGAAUGAAUGCAAACCAGAGCAGCCUUAGUCAUGAAGAGGCAAAUAAUUUGCGAGUGAUGCUCUUGGGCAUGGUUGAUGAUCCACGUGUGGUACUCAUAAAGCUUGCUGAUCGCCUUCAUAACAUGAGGACCAUUUAUGCUUUGCCACUUUCCAAGGCUCAAGCUGUUGCUGAAGAAACUUUGGUCGUUUGGUGCUCCCUUGCUUCGAGAUUGGGCCUUUGGGCUCUAAAGGCUGAACUAGAAGAUCUUUGCUUUGCCGUAUUGCAGCCUCAAAUGUUUCAUCAAAUGAGAGCACAGCUGGCAUCCAUGUGGAGCCCUUGCAGAAGGGCAGGGAAUCUCCGAAGAACGUCCAUGAAAAGAAGUUUGCUUUCAGCCUCGGAUGCAACUCUAUCCAGUACCUUAAACUAUUCUGUGGCAACCGAGGAAGAUGAUGCAGAUAUGAAGGAUCUUCUUGAAGCAGUCUUACCUUUUGAACUCUUGCUAGACCGGGGUAAACGAAUGAACUACCUCAGUAAUCUUACAAGCUAUUCCAAAGUUUCAGCAAAACCUAAAGUUGUUAGGGAUGCUGGAAUUGCUCUGGCCUCUUUAGCAAUUUGCGAGGAGGCUCUUGAGCGUGAACUUCUGAUAUCAACCUCUUAUGUACCGGGAAUGGAAGUUACUCUAUCCAGCCGCUUAAAAAGCCUGUACAGCGUGUACAGUAAGAUGAAAAGAAAAGAUAUUGACAUCAACGAGGUCUACGAUGCGCGCGCACUAAGGGUAGUUAUUGGAGAUAAGAAUGGAACUCUCCACGGACCUGCCGUCAGGUCUUGCUACAGUAUCCUUGAUGUAGUACAUAGACUCUGGUCACCUAUUGAUGGCGAAUUUGAUGACUAUAUUGUUAAUCCAAAGCGUAGUGGCUAUCAGUCUUUGCAUACUGCCGUACAAGGUCCUGAUAAUUCACCCUUGGAAGUUCAAAUAAGGACUCAGAGAAUGCACGAGUAUGCAGAACAUGGACUUGCUGCACAUUGGCUAUAUAAAGAGACCAAUAACAAGCCACUUUCUGAUAUAGGCUUGGGUGAUUCUCAUGUAAAAGAAUUUAACUUUUCACAAGGUUUGGAGGAGCAAAGUUCCGUAGAAGAUAUAUUUUGGAAGUACCGUUCCUUGAAAGCAGGACAUCCAGCGCUUAGAUUGGAGCGAAGUAACUUGCUUGCUGCUGUUAUCAUCAGCGUAGAUAAGGAUGGAAGAGAAUUGCUUGUUGCUGUCAGCUUUGGAUUAGCAGCAUCUGAAGCAGUUGCUGACAGAAGAACAUCUUUUCAAAUAAAGAGAUGGGAAGCUUAUGCUAGGCUAUACAAAAAGGUCUAUGAUGAGGGAUGGUUUGAACCAGGGCAUGGAGAUUGGUGUACUUGUCUUGAAAGAUACUCACUUUGUCGAGAUGGACUUUAUCAUAAGAAAGAUCAAUUUGAUCGUCUGCUGCCGACAUUCAUCCAGGUCAUCGACCUGACAGAGGAUGAGGAAUCUAAAUAUUGGGCCGUCAUAUCUGCUGUUUUUGACGGACAAGAUGUGGAUGCAAUUACAUCUGGUUUGGUGAGCUGCAAGAAUCCCAUUUCUGGUGCCUUUUCAUCUUCCAGUGAGGCUAACAUCAACAACAAGGUGCAUCUACUUAGGACAAUGCUCCAAUGGGAGGAGCAGAUAUUUUCUGAAGUAGGUGUGAAACAAGGCUACAGUUCAAGUAAAUCGUAUGAUGACUCCAUAAUCCUUGGGGAAGUAGCAGUUGUUUCUUGGCCAGGUGGUGAUAUAGUAAGAUUAAAAGCUGGCAGUACUGCUGCAGAUGCUGCAAGAAGAAUAGGUCUGGAAGGCAAAUUGGUUUUGGUAAAUGGCCAACUUGUACAACCUGAUAUUGAACUCAGAGACGGUGAUGUGGUUGAAGUAAGACUUUAAAUGUUUCGUGUACAUAAAAUUUGUAUAGCUUUGCUUCCUCUCAGGAUAUUGCAAAAACAGUGCAUCUAUCAUUCUAUUGUAUCUUCAAGUGUACAUAACUCAUGUAUUUGAACCAAGGAUAUCUGCAAGAAUGAAGUUCUUGAGCCUCAA